AUGUAUAAGAUGGAUUACUCCUACCUGAACUCCUAUGACUCCUGCAUGGCGGCCAUGGAAGCGUCGGCCUACGCGGACUUCAGCUCCUGCAGCCAGGCGAGCUCGUUCCAGUACAACCCGAUCCGGAGCGGACCCUUCUCCAACCCGGGCUGCACCCCGCUCAGCACGGCCAGCUGCACACUGGGAGCCCUGCGGGAGCACCAGCCCACCCCCUACUCCUCAGUUCCGUACAAGUUCUUCUCGGACCCCUCCGGCCUGAACGAGAAGCGGAAGCAGCGGCGCAUCAGGACCACGUUCACCAGCUCCCAGCUGAAGGAGCUGGAGCGGGUCUUUGCGGAGACGCACUACCCGGACAUCUACACCCGAGAGGAGCUGGCCCUGAAGAUAGACCUGACCGAGGCCCGGGUACAGGUUUGGUUUCAGAACAGGCGUGCCAAGUUUCGUAAACAGGAGCGUGCAGCCAACUCCAAAAACAACAACUCUGGUGGCACCACGGGCAGCACAGGCAGCAGCAGCUCUGGAGGGAAGAAGGGCGGGGAGACCAGAUCUUCUUCAGAUGAUGAUGAGUCCAAAGAAUCCACCUGCAGCCCCACGCCUGACAGCACGGCCUCCCUGACGGGCUCAGCCAACGGAAACAUGGGCAGCCCUGCCAGCCUGAGUCCCAGCCCGGCUCCUGUCAACACCGGCUACAUCAACGCCUCCAGCUCCCCGGUCCUCCAGGGGCUGAAGCCGCCUAGCUGGUCCAGCCUGGGGCCGUCCAACCCGGCCGUGGCCCAGCCGGCUGUCCAGACUCAGGAGAUUCUGAAGGCCUGGCAGCCGGCGGACAGUAUGACCGGGCCCUUUGCCGGAGUCCUGUCGUCCUUCCACAGAAAACCCAACCCCACCAUCAAGACGAACCUGUUCUGAAGCACAGAGGGAGAGAAAAGAGAAACAGACACUGUGUGAUCUGCUGGAACAGCGAGGAGCUCCUAGCUCCUGAUGAGAGUCAGGACUUACACAUUAUAACCAAGAAUUCCCUGGUGGACUCUGCUGUAGCUCAGCGAGGCCUCCAUUCUCCUCUGAAAUCUGAUUCAAAACUCAGAUAACAAAAUCACAAGUCUGCCACCGUCUCUCUCUCCCCAGAAUAUGCAACUGUGCACAUUAAACCUGCAAAUCUCCACCUGGACAUGGACCAGAAAUCACUCGUCCUCAGACUAAAAGACACAGAGUUGUCAGCUCUAUUUAAUGAUGUAAAACCCCUCAUGUACUUUAACUGUUCCCCGACUAAAACCUUCAGAGUGUCAAAAGGAUAUUUGUCUGUCCGGCCCAAAAACCACGCAUCACUUGUUCGACUCAUACACACAUCGGGUCACUCACACACACACUCUGUGCUCUCCUCUUCCCGUCGCUCUCUCACAUUCCCACACUCACUGUGUUGCAAUGCACUUGGACGACCACAGCCGCCGCUCUGAUGAGCAUGGAGGUCAGGUACGGACUUAGAGCAGAAAUCUAAACAUCGCCCUCAGAGACAAAGCAAACUUUUACCCACACAAGCACAACUUCCUCGACACACAGACGCCCACCAGAAAGAGCAGGGUCCCCCAUUUAAAUCUGUUUGUCCAGCAAAAACAGAGGCCACCAAAUAAAUCCAAUUAGAGGAGCCGGGUCCAGACCAGAAACCUCCCCAGUGCAAUUCAUCCCCUCCUCUUUCUUUACUGUAUCAAAUCCUGACACCCCCUCCCCUUUCCUACACUCUCAUUCUCAAUGUGACCCCCUCCUCCCCCUGGCUUUAUGAUCCCAUCAGGCCUUUCUAUGUCAAACAGUGGGAACUUUGUUUGACUUCAGCACAGGAAGGAGACAGAACUCGAGGCGUUUUCAGCUCACGUUUAAAUCCCUGUGGCUCGGGUGGAGGAAGGUUCAGAGCAGAGUGUAGCCUUAAGAAACUCUGUCUAAUUAUAACUGAAUUAUAUCGUUGGUAUCAUCGUACAACUGGUUUCUCUCUUCUCAUCUGACUGACGGGUUUUUUGAUUCACCUGCUGGAUCGAUGGGAGUGAAUGAGUGUGUUCUGCAGGCUGCAGUGCUUCAGUGUCUGUGGUUAUGAACUCUGACUGGACUCACUAAAUCAACUUUAUCAGCCCGGUGUCAUUAACUCUCCUGCAACUGACAAAUAUGUAACGAUCAACAAGAAGUUUUCUACUGUGUCCAUUAACACUCCGAGUUUGUUCCCCUCCACCCUCGUCUUUAUUUUGCUAAAAGGCAAAAAGAGGCAGCGGCUGUUUCUACUUUCUUUCACCUUGUAAAGUUGCUCGUGAAACGUCUGGAUUUCAGAGCUGAUUCUUUUCUGGGUACGGUUUACUCUAGAAAUCUAUUCCAAACAAAAAUAAGGGAAACAAAUGUAUUUAUUAAUAUUUUUUAUUAUAUCUGUGAGAAGAUGUUUCUUUGAACUGCUCCAUACAUUUCUGUAAGUGUAAAUCCUGUAAUUAGUAAUAUAAAUAUUAGGUAGCUUUUUCUUUGAUUUCUCUCACAUUGCUUUGCAGAGUUAUUUCACUGCAGAGUAUCUGUCUCGCAGACCAACACGUCCAUGAACACUGGGAAU